UUGUUGAGGGAGGUGAAUGGUUGAGAUGCCGGAUGAAAUGGGUCCGGCGAGCCCACCGCCGGUCGUACAGCAGUGGGAUGCAGACACGUCGACUCCAUAGGAACCCACCCCUGAUCACCGUCCGUUGACGCCGCAGCCCUCAUGGCCAACCUCGCCGACGACUUCUCGCCGCCGUCGUCCUCGUCGCCGUCCUCGUCUUCCUCCUCUGCCGCCUCCCUUUUCAAGAAGCCUUCCUCCUUCCUCCGCUCGUUCAGCUACCACCACCGCCACCCCGCCUCAAAGACCUCCUAUAAGCGCUUCGCCGAUGAGCCGAAGCGCCCCAAGGUAAUCCUCUAUUCUACCUCACUCCGCGGCGUCCGGCGCACCUUCGCGGACUGCUGCGCCGUCCGCGCUAUCCUGCGCGGCUUCCACGUCGCCGUGGACGAGCGCGACGUCUCCAUGGACGUCUCGUACCGCUGCGAGCUGCAGCGCUUGCUCGGAAAGGGCCCGCCGUUCUCGCUGCCCCAGGUGUUCAUCGGGAACAGGUGGCUCGGAGGGGCCGACGAGGUCCGGCAGUGGCAUGACGCCGGUGAGCUCGGGAGAAUGCUCGAGGGGGUCGUGGCUCAGGACCCUGCUUUCGUCUGCGGCGGCUGUGGCGGUGUGCGUUUCGUGCUGUGCUCAACCUGCCAUGGUAGCCGGAAGGUGUUCGUCCAGGAGGAAGGCAGCGUGCGACGUUGCGACGCGUGCAACGAGAAUGGAUUGUUACGGUGCCCUCAUUGCUGUUCAUGAAUUCCGCCACUCGUAAUUGGGCAACGACGGAGGGCUUCUUCUGAUUCCGUUCCAUCUUCUUUCGGAUGGAAUCAGUGGGUCGCUCGAGAGGAAUCGUGCCAAUUAAGAUGUAGCUCGAUGGUGUAGUUGAAAUGCCAUGUGUUUGUUUU